CUCCAGUGCAAUGGAAAGAAGCCUUGGGGUGCUGUAAAUUCAUACCGUCCCUCGGGGCGUUCCUAGUGGAUGAUGGCGAAACUCCAGGGCAAAGAUCCCGGUUUAAAGGAGAAAUUUAAAAACCUCCUGGGGUUCGGGCAAUCCCGGCCCAACUCCAAGUCGUCGGAAGGGAAGCAGACGGAAUUCAUCAUCACGGCAGAGAUACUCAAGGAACUGAGCGUAGAGUGCGGCUUGAACAACCGGAUACGGACCAUCGGCCAGAUCUGCGAGGUCGCAAAAAUGAAAAAGUUCGAGGAGCACGCGGUAGAAGCGAUCUGGAAAGCCAUCGCGGACAUGCUGCAGCCGGAUCGACCACCUGAGGCCCGACACGCUGUGCUGCACCUGCUGAAAGCAAUCAUUCAAGGACAGGGAGAGCGGCUGGGGAUUCUUCGCGCCCACUUCUUUAAAGUGAUCAAGGACUACCCUUCCAACGAAGACCUGCACGAGCGGCUCGAGGUCUUCAAGGCCCUUACGGAUAACGGAAGAUACAUCACGUAUUUGGAAGAGGAACUGGCCGAAUUUGUCCUCCAGUGGAUGGACGUGGGUUUGACGUCAGAGUUCCUGCUCGUGCUGGUCAACCUGGUCAAGUUCAACAGCUGCUACCUGGACGACUACGUCGCCGACAUGGUCCACAUGAUCUGCCUCUUGUGCAUCCAGACAUCGUCUGCGGUGGACAUUGAGGUUUCCCUGCAAGUCCUGGAUGCCGUGGUGUGCUACAACUGCCUGCCCUCGGAGACCCUCCCCGUCUUCAUCAUCACCCUGUGCCGCACCAUCAACGUGAAGGAGCUCUGCGAGCCUUGCUGGAAGCUCAUGCGCAACCUGCUGGGCACCCACUUGGGCCACAGCGCCAUCUACAACAUGUGCCGGAUCAUGGAAGACAGGGCUCACAUGACAGACGCGGCGCUGCUCAGAGGAGCGGUGUUCUUCGUGGGCAUGGCCCUGUGGGGCGCGCACCGGCUGCAGUCGCUCAAGAAUUCGCCCACGUCGGUGCUGCCCUCCUUUCUGAAGGCCAUGAGCUGCCCGAACGCCAUCGUGUCUUACGAAAUCGUGCUCUCCAUAACGAGGCUGAUCAAGAAGUACGGCAAGGAGCUCCAGGCCGUCACGUGGGACAUCAUGCUGGAUAUUAUCGAGCGGCUGCUGCAGCAGCUUCAGACCUUGGAGAGCCAGGAGCUGAAAUCUAUCGUCCACGAUCUGCUGACCACCGUGGAGGAGCUGUGCGACCACAACGACUUCCACGGCUCCAAGGAGAGAUACUUUGAGCUCGUGGAAAGAUGCGCCGAUCAGCGACCGGAGUCUUCCGUUCUGAACCUCAUCACCUACCGAGCGCAGUCCAUCCACCCCGCGAAGGACGGCUGGAUCCACAAGCUGCAGGGGCUGAUGGAGCGGUUCUUCAGGAACGAGAACCGGAGUGCCGUUCGCAUCAAAGUUCUGCACGUGCUCUCCUUCGUUCUGAGCGUUAACAGGCAGUUCUACGAGGAAGAGCUGAUUAACCUGGUGGUCAUCUCCCAGCUGGCCCACAUCCCCGAGGACAAGGACCACCAAGUCCGCAAGCUGGCCACCCAGCUGCUGGUGGACCUGGCCGAGGGCUGCAACACCCACCACUUCAACAGCCUGCUGGACAUCAUCGAGAAGGUGGCUUCUCACUCCUUGCUGCCUCCGCCAGAACUGGAGGAGAGGGGCCUUCUCUCCUACUCGGCUUCAUUGGAGGACGUGAAGACGGCCGUGCUGGGCCUCCUAGUGAUUCUCCAGACGAAGCUGUACAGCCUGCCCGCCAGCCACCCCACCCGCGUCUACGAGAUGUUGGCCCUCCACAUCCAGCUCCACUACAAGCACAAGUACACCCUCCCCAUCGCCAGCAGCAUCAGACUGCAGGUCUUUGACUUAGCUGUUUAUUCCUGUGGCCAGCACUACAGUCUCUGGCAGCAGAUUCCAUAUAUUGUCUCCACAGCCUCCCAAGAGGAGCCGGAGAAGAAACCAGCGGGCGCCCUCUCUCCUCCCUCCGGCAGCCCCAGCCUGCCCCCUCAGAGCACCACCCUCCGGAUCGGCCACCUGCCCUACUCUCUGCUCUUUGGCGUGAUCCUGCAGUGCCUCAAGCAAGAGACAGACUGGAAGGUGCUGAAGCUCGUUCUCAACAAGCUGCCCGAAUCGCUGCAGUGCAAAGUGCUGUACUUGACCUCCCCGUGCAGCGUCGACCAGCUGUCGUCCGCGCUCUGCUCCAUGCGGGAGAUGGUGUAUUGCCUGGAGCACGGCCUGAUCUACCGCUGCGCCAACCAGUGCGUCGUGGCGCUCUCUAUCUGCAGCGUUGAGAUGCCCGACAUAAUCAUCAAGGCCCUGCCCGUUUUGAUCGUCAAACUGACACACAUUUCGGCGACGGCCAACAUGGCCAUUCCUCUCCUGGAAUUCCUCUCGACCCUGGCCCGCCUCCCCCAUCUCUACCGGAACUUCGCGGCCGAGCAGUACGCCAGCGUCUUCGCGAUCUCCCUGCCCUACACGAACCCCUCCAAGUUUAACCAGUACAUUGUCUGCCUGGCACAUCACGUGAUAGCGGUGUGGUUUAUCAAGUGCCGCCUUCCCUUUCGGAAAGACUUUGUGCCCUUCAUCACUAAGGGCUUGCGAUCCAACGUCCUCCUCUCCUUCGACGAUACCCCGGAGAAGGACAGCUUCCGGGCCCGGAGCACGAGUCUGAACGAAAGACCCAAGAGUUUUAAAAUAGCCAAAAAUGCCCGUCCGGGUUUGAAUAGCUCCCCGCCAGUGAAAGAGACGAAAGACUCCUCCGCGGCCGAUGCCUUCCGUUCCCGCAGCAUCAGUGUGUCUGACCAAGCAGCCCGCAGCCGGAUCCAGACCUCCAUCACCAGCUCCAGCCUGGGCUCUGCGGACGAGAACUCGAUGGCCCAGGCAGACGACAGCCUGAAAAACCUCCAUCUGGAGCUCACAGAGACCUGCCUCGAUAUGAUGGCCCGAUACGUCUUCUCGAACUUCACGGCUGUGCCCAAAAGGUCUCCAGUGGGGGAGUUCCUGCUGGCCGGAGGGAGGACCAAGACGUGGCUGGUGGGUAACAAGCUCGUGACGAUCACCACGAGCGUCGGGACGGGGACCAGGUCGCUCCUGGGCCUGGACUCUGGGGAGCUGCAGAGCAGCACGGAGUCACGCCCGGACCCCGUCUCACAAGUGAGGCAGACGAAAGAAGCCCCGGCCAAACUGGAGUCCCAGGCUUGCCCCCAAGUGGUUCGAGGACCGCGCAACAGGGUCAGGUCGAUGUCCGGUGGCCACGCUUUGCGGGUCGGUGCGCUCGACGGCUCCGCCCCCCAUUUCCCCGCCAGCUUGAUGCCCCAAGGGGUGCAGAGUUCUCCUGCCACUCGGACAGAAAAGGCCGUUCCCGGCACUCAGGCACCUCUGCAGAAGGAGAAGGCCAACCUGGCUGCGUACGUCCCUCUGCUGACCCAGGGCUGGGCGGAAGUCCUGGUCCGGAGGCCAACAGGCAACACCAGCUGGCUGAUGAGCCUGGAGAACCCGCUCAGCCCCUUCUCUUCUGACAUCGACAACAUGCCCCUGCAGGAGCUCUCCAACGCCCUGAUGGCGGCCGAGCGUUUCAAGGAGCACCGCGAGACUGCCCUCUACAAGUCCCUCUCGGUCCCCUCCUCCAGCCUGCCCACCGGGACCACCAAGCCCUCCCUCCUGCAGCGCUCCAACACAGGCAACACCAGCUGGCUGAUGAGCCUGGAGAACCCGCUCAGCCCCUUCUCUUCUGACAUCGACAACAUGCCCCUGCAGGAGCUCUCCAACGCCCUGAUGGCGGCCGAGCGUUUCAAGGAGCACCGCGAGACUGCCCUCUACAAGUCCCUCUCGGUCCCCUCCUCCAGCCUGCCCACCGGGACCACCAAGCCCUCCCUCCUGCAGCGCUCCAACACAGUGGCCUCUUUCUCCUCCAUGUACCUGACCAGUUCUCAAGAGAGGCUGCACAGGAGCAUAUCCUGGGCAGAGUCGGCCGUCGUUCCGGAAGAAGGAAGCCCGCCCACGGCGGACCUGAAAGAAAGGGAGUCCCUGCCGGAGUCCCGGGAGAUGGAGGACUUCAGAGCCGUGUGUCCGGAUCACGUUGUGAGUGAGGAGAAGUUAGGCAAAGCCCCUGGGAUGUACAGCAGGUCCUCCUCGACGUCCAGCCAAGAGGAGAAAGCUCUGAAGCCAGAAGACCUGGCCUCCAUCAGCAUCCCCAUAGAGAGGGCCCGGCACCUGGAGGACAGCCGGGCCUUCGAGGCCCUCUCCUUCCAGCCCUCCCAGCCGCUCAGCAAGUCCAGCUCCUCCCCAGAGCUCCAGACCCUCCAGGAAGUCCUCAAAGACGCCAGCGGUGAAGACGCGGCCGGGAAGCUGAGCAGCGACCUGAAAUCCAAGUCCCAGUCGGGCCACCUGGAAGGGGAGGCAGCGGGCGGCUGGCUGGGAAGAGGGGAGGAGGACAGGGCCCCCGGAGGGCCCCGGCUGGCCGGCCCCGGCCCCGCCUCUUCCCCCCGCUCCCCGAGUGGCCACCGCCCCCGGGGGUACACCAUCUCGGAUUCCGCGCCCUCGAGGAGGGGCAAGAGGAUCGAGAAGGACCCCUUCAAGGGCAGGGCAGCGGCCUCCAAUGCGGAGAAAGUUCCAGGCAUUAACCCCAGCUUCGUGUUCCUGCAGCUGUACCACUCCCCUUUCUUUGGCGAUGAAUCCAACAAGCCCCUCCUGUUGCCCAACGAGACCUUCGAGAGGUCCGUGCAGCUCCUGGAUCAGAUCCCUCCUUAUGACACCCACAAGAUCGCUGUGCUCUACGUGGGGGAAGGCCAGAGCAACCAGGAGCUGGCCAUCCUGUCCAACGAGCAUGGCUCCUACCGCUACACGGAGUUCCUGACAGGCCUGGGCAAGCUGAUCGAGCUCAAGGACUGCCAGCCGGAUAAGAUCUACCUGGGCGGCCUGGACGUGUGCGGGGAGGACGGGCAGUUCACCUACUGCUGGCACGAUGACAUCAUGCAAGCCAUUUUCCACAUUGCCACGCUGAUGCCCACCAAAGACCUGGACAAAUACCGCUGUGACAAGAAGCGGCACCUGGGGAACGACUUCGUCUCCAUCAUCUACAACGACUCGGGAGAAGAGUUCAAGUUGGGGACCAUCAAGGGCCAGUUCAACUUCGUCCACGUGGUCAUCAAGCCGCUGGACUACAGCUGUAACCUGAUCACGCUGCAGUGCAGGAAGGACAUGGAAGGGCUGGUGGACACCAGCGUGGCCAAGAUCGUUUCGGACAAGAACCUCCCGUUCGUGGCCCGGCAGAUGGCCCUGCAUGCCAACAUGGCCUCCCAGGUCCAUCACAGCCGCUCCAACCCCACGGACACCUACCCCUCCAAGUGGAUCGCCCGGCUGCGCCACAUCAAGAGGCUUCGACAGAGAAUCCGAGAAGAAACCCAGUACCAAACGUCCGGCUUCCCCACCAUGCACCCCUCUGCGCCCAACAAAGUGUCUGCCCACGCUGCCCAGGACCCCGCGCCCUCCUACGAGACGGGGCAGAGGAAACGGCUCAUCUCCUCAGUGGACGACUUCACGGAAUUUGUGUGAGGUCAGACGCUCCCCCCCCCCCCCCCCCCUUUUCUGGCCCGUCCACCCACCCAUCCGGCCUGUGAGGCAAUGAAUUCUCCUCUUCUCUUCGGGCCGGUGAGUGUGUGGUUGCUGCCAAGAGAAGAUUCAGAUUUUGGCAAAAAAAACCCCAACCCUCCAGCUGCGGCGGUAGGACUUCUUAGCGACGGCCCACAAAUGAAAUAGUGGCCUGGAAACCUGCUGCCCCGUCCCUGUGGGCCAUCAGGACUCUCCAAAGAGGGGGAAAUCAUUGCUGUUCCACUCCAUUUUUUUGUUUCCCCCCCUAAACGUUUCGGAUAAGCCUCUCUCGUGAAUAGAGGUGGGACAAAGACACGGCAGCCAGAAAGGUGUUUUCUGCAUCCCGGAAGGAGAGAGAUUGUUUCAGCAGGCCCCCGUGUACUACCAAGGACUCCGCGAGGUUUCCAGAGGCCAGCUGGGCAGGUUUCUUUCUCCAAAAACACACCUGUCGUUUGCCUUCUGCGGGCAGCUAGCUAAUGGGGGGGGGGGCAGGUGUUUGGCUCUGCAAGCCCUCCUACGGAGACAUUUGCCCCAUGAGGCUGACAGAGAUUGUGGGAUUUGACUGACUCUCUUCCCCCCAUGCAAAGAGACAUUUGGCCCUACUCUUAGAAGGAUUUGGCAGAUCGCAGGUACAUCCAGAGAAGAAUGGCGGAGGGUUGGGGGGAGAGGAAGUCCAUCCCCUUUCCUUUUGGCACGUUUCACCUGUGCUCGGCAGGUGAUAAGCGGCAUACUCCCUCCUCAGUGCGGGCAGGAGCUUUUUCGGCGGCUCUGAGGCAUGCUAUGUGCGGUGCCCCCAGAGCCCGAAAGGGUCUUGGUGGCACCGCUGGGUCAAUGCCGGCCGCGGGACAAAGACAUUUUCGGGCGGCUGCAUCCUGCGUGCACCUGGCUUUUCCAGGCGUAAGGCUGUUUCUUGUUUGGAUGAAUUACAGAACAGUCGGUGUCUGCACGGCACGCGGAACCCGCCGCUGUCUUAGGGCUUCUCUUUGCCCGUUUGCUGAAAUCCGGACGGUGCAGGUGGGUUUGCCGUGGUCGUUAUCUACCGAGGACCACCACUCUUUUCCGUGGGGCAUAUGGGGCUGCCAUAGCAGGCCAGUGGGGCAUGGUGAGGUUGCCCCUUUAUGGCUUGAAAGGCAGAUUCUUGGGGGGGAGAAAGCACGACGGCCCUCUCCAACCAGCUCAAGACAUCCUAUCAAUUCCUUGUGUCUGUGUUGUUUGGCAAAUGUCGUACAAAAGAAGUGUGCAAUGAAAUAAAGCAUUUGUAUGCCUUCCCCCCUGGCU